AUGGCUCUGCAACAAUUCGACUUCAAGAUCGUGUACAAUCCUGGUACAGCUCAAGAACAAGUUGAUAUAUUUACCAGAGAUGUUGACUUCACCGCUGCUGAUGAAUUCGUCGACAAACACCUUGGUAUGGUAAAUACUCUAAGUCACAUCAAACCAAUUGAAGAUAGAGCUGCGAGACAACAAGAACGACUAAUUGGUGAAGAAGUUGCAUCUAUUCCAAUCAAGACGAAGUCGAAGGUCGAUACGGGUAAUUUGUUCAUGCUGCUAAGGAAAUUGCGUCAGUACCAGACGGGUGCAUAA